CGCGUAAAGUUUGGAGGAGGCUAUCAAGCUCCGGAACAGUCAAACAGACCACGAUCAUGGCAACAACACCAGACAGGAUAGCGAGUGCGGACGAGAAGCUCAGUGGGGUUUCGUCAAACAUCAAUAUCACCGGCGCCGAUUCCGCCCACACUGCGUACGGGGACAACAAGUUCGUCGACCGCACCAUCAGCACCAAGGACUGGGCUGCCAGGACGUUCGACAACGUCCCCGGACAGUUGAAGGACUAUUUCUUCAGCCUAUUCCCCAUCGCAACGUGGAUCUAUCGAUACAACUUGACGUGGCUGACAGGAGAUGUCAUCGCCGGUCUCACGGUCGGAGCCGUGGUGGUUCCACAGUCCAUGUCAUACGCCAUUCUUGCAUCCUUGACUGCGGAGUACGGACUCUAUUCGAGCUUCAUCGGAGUGUUCAUCUACUGUUUCUUUGCCACAAGCAAAGACGUCACCAUUGGUCCCGUUGCCGUCAUGUCACUCGAGGUUGCAAAGGUCAUUGCCCACGUGAAGGAAACCACCGGGAAUGAAUAUACAAAUGCGGAGAUUGCUACAGCACUAGCCUUCAUAUGCGGUAUCAUAUGUUUGGGAAUCGGCUUGAUCCGAGUCGGCUUCAUUCUAGAGUUUAUCCCUGCACCCGCUGUGGCGGGUUUCAUGACGGGCAGCGCCUUCACUAUCGCCUCGACACAGUUCCCCGCACUCCUGGGCAUCUCAAAGCAAUACGUCAACUCCCGCGAGUCGGCGUACAAGGUGGUCAUCAACACUCUCAAGAAUCUCGAGCACACCAAGCUGGAUGCUGCGUUCGGGCUCAGUGCCUUGUUCGGGCUGUACGCCAUCCGCUUCGGAUUGGAGUAUCUGGCGAGAAGAUAUCCGCAGCACAAGAGGAAGUUCUUCUUUGCCAAUGUCACACGCAACGGACUCAUGGUCGUCGUCGUCACCUUGGCCAGUUGGUUGACUGUUCGCGGCGACAUUGCGGCCGGGAGGGAGCCCAGGGUCAAGAUCUUGAAGGAUGUGCCCAGAGGAUUUCAGGCCGUUGGCCCUCUCAGGAUCGAUAGCACCCUGCUCAGUGCCAUGGCACCGCAGAUUCCGGUCGCCACGCUUAUCCUGCUCCUGGAACACAUCGCCAUCGCAAAGUCCUUUGGCCGCAUCAAUGAUUACAAGAUCAUCCCGGACCAAGAGCUCAUCGCCAUUGGCAUGACCAACGUGAUCGGUAAUUUCUUCGGUGCUUACCCAGCGACGGGUUCCUUCUCGCGCACUGCGCUCAAGAGCAAAUCCGGCGUACGCACCCCGGCGGCAGGAAUCGUCACCGGUAUCGUCGUUCUCCUGGCCCUUUACGCUCUGACCGACGCCUUCUACUGGAUCCCGAUGGCCGGACUCUCGGCCGUGAUCAUUCACGCCGUCACCGAUCUGAUGUCCCCACCGCGCCAGGUCUACAUCUUCUGGCGGGUACAGCCCCUCGAGGCGAUAAUCUUCCUCGCCGCCGUCUUCAUCACCAUCUUCACCAACAUCGAGAAUGGCAUCUACUGGGCGAUCAUCUCCUCGGCCCUCGUCCUCCUCUACCGAAUCGCGCGCCCGCGUGGACAAUUCCUUGGUCGCCUCCGCCUCAGCAACGGACAGCAGGCCCGCGACAUCUGGGUUCCAGUGGACAAGCGCGUGCUCAACCCGGAUGCGAAGAUCCAGAACCCGCCACCGGGGGUCGUCGUCUUCCGGCCCAGCGAGUCGUUUACGUACCCCAACAGCUCGACACAAUGCGACGUGGUAGUGGACGAGAUCAAACGGAUCACCAAACGCGGCAAGCCGAACGCAUUCCCGACGCUUGGCGACAGGCCGUGGAACGACAUUGGCCCCCGCCGCGGCUUCACGCAGGCCGAGAUCGACGGCGACACGCGUCCCGUGCUCAACGCGGUCGUGUUCGACUUCUCGGCUGUGGCCAGCAUCGAUACCACCGGCAUCCAGUGUCUCGUCGAUACCAGACGCCAGCUCAACAAGUAUGCCGACCGCGAGGUCGAGUUUCACUUCGCCAACAUCAUCUCCCCGUGGGUGCGAAGGUCGCUGCUCGCCGGCGGCUUCGGCACUGGACAGUCCAGCUCCGAGUUCACGGAGGUUGCGGCGGUGGUCCCGCGGCGCGACGACGACGGCCGCGCUGUGUCGUCCCAUCAGAAGAGGAAGGGUGCUGCAGCCGCCGGAGGGGAGGGCGGUAAUAACUGGAAGAUGUUCAAGAGCUAUGUCCUGUCCAAGGACCACAAGGACGCUCGCUUCCAGGGCAAGGAACAGUACUCGGACGUUGAGGUCGCUGCCCACGAGGAGGAGCAUUGGGGCCCCGCGAUGAGCCAGGAUACGCCGUUCUUCCAUAUCGAUAUCCCGAAUUUGGAGGGAUUGGCGUAUGGUAAGGUGGGGUCGGAGUUGAGCGCGCAGAGCUCGAAGAGUGGAUGAGUGGAUAGGAGCAGGUUGGGUUAUGUUCAUCUUUGGGUUUGCGAUCUUUGGGGGCUUCUUUGCUGGAUUUUUUUCAUGUUCUGCGGUACCGUUCGGUAAUGUGUGGUUUCGGAAAAAAGUGAUGGUUUACUCCGAUGUCCACAGUGUGUCAC